CGCUGGGAGCUGUCACCAGGCCCUUGGGCUCCCGGCCUCGGUGUCGCGGUCGCGGUUGCCAGGAGAGCGGCGCCGGCGGGGAACGGCCGAGCCCACAGCAGGUGAUGAUUUUACGUGACCCUUGAGCUUGUCUCUAGUGGGAUUCUGUGGGAGGAUGAACACAGAAGAGUUGGAGUUAUUGAGUGAUUCCAAAUACAGAAACUAUGUAGCUGCAAUCGACAAAGCGCUAAAGAAUUUUGAAUAUUCCAGUGAAUGGGCAGAUUUGAUAUCAGCACUUGGAAAACUUAACAAGGUUUUACAAAAUAACGCCAAGUACCAGGUAGUACCCAAAAAACUGACCAUAGGCAAACGCUUAGCUCAAUGUCUGCAUCCAGCAUUACCGGGUGGAGUUCAUCGGAAGGCUCUUGAAACAUAUGAAAUUAUCUUCAAAAUCAUUGGAUCUAAGCGACUUGCCAAAGAUCUUUUUUUAUAUAGUUCUGGGUUAUUUCCUCUUCUUGCAAAUGCAGCCAUGUCUGUGAAACCAACAUUGCUCAGUUUGUAUGAGAUGUAUUACCUGCCUUUGGGUAAAACACUGAAGCCUGGUCUACAAGGAUUGCUAACAGGUAUUCUUCCUGGCUUAGAGGAAGGAUCAGAGUACUAUGAGAGAACAAAUACACUGUUGGAAAAGGUUGCUGCUGCAGUCGACCAGUCAGCAUUCUACAGUGCCCUCUGGGGUAGUCUUCUCACCAGUCCUGCUGUGCGUUUACCUGGAAUCACGUAUGUGCUCUCCCAUUUGAACAGGAAGCUUUCCAUGGAAGAUCAACUUUAUAUAAUUGGCAGUGAUAUUGAGCUAAUGGUAGAAGCAGUAAGUACCUCGGUGCAGGACUCAAGUGUACUUGUACAGAGAAGCACCCUGGACCUCAUACUCUUCUGUUUUCCAUUCCACAUGAGUCAGGCCACUCGACCAGAUAUGAUCAGGAUCUUGUCAGCAGCUCUUCAUGUAGUGUUAAGGAGGGAUAUGUCCCUGAACCGAAGACUUUAUGCAUGGCUUCUUGGUUUUGAUAACAACGGUGCUGUAAUAGGACCCAGAAGUACAAGACACAGUAAUCCCGAAGAACAUGCCACUUACUACUUCUCUACCUUUUCAAAAGAAUUAUUAGUCCAGGCAAUGGUGGGAAUCUUACAAGUGAAUGGAUUUGGAGAAGAGAGUACUCUAAUGCAGGACCUAAAACCUUUUCGUAUCUUGAUCAGUUUAUUGGACAAACCUGAGCUAGGACCUGUCAUUCUGGAAGAUGUCUUGAUUGAAGUGUUUAGAACAUUAUAUUCUCAAUGCAAAGCAGAAUUGGAUCUUCAGAUGGAACCUCCCUUCAGCAAGGAUCAUGCUCAGUUAAGCAGUAAAUUAAGGGAAAAUAAGAAAACAGCAGAGCUGAUUAAAACUGCCAACCUUCUCUUUAAUUCCUUUGAACCUUAUUAUAUGUGGGAUUACGUUGCACGUUGGUUUGAAGAAUGUUGUAGGAGGUCACUGCAUGCCAGACUUCAGGUUGGGCCUGGAGAUAGUAGUGAGUCAUCUGAGUUACAGCUGACCAAUUUCUGCUUACUGGUGGAUUUUUUGUUGGAUAUAGUUUCUUUGCCUACUAGAAGUAUGAGGGUGCUGUGUCAGGAAACUUACAUUGAAAUCCAGACAGAACACUUGCCCCAGUUGCUGCUCAGGAUGAUUUCUGCUCUGACAAGCCAUCUGCAGACCUUGCGCUUGUCUGAACUUACAGAUUCGCUCAGGCUCUGCUCAAAGAUCCUUAGCAAGGUUCAACCUCCACUGUUAUCUGCCAGCACUGUGGGUACAUUGCAGUUUCCUAAUGGGCAGAACAACUCAGUUAAAGAAUGGGAAGGCAAAAAGGUAUCAUCAGUUUCUGUUGAGAAUCCUAUUGAAGUGUUUGAAGAUGGAGAAAAUCCACCAAGUAGUCGAUCAUCAGAGAGUGGAUUCACUGAGUUUAUACAAUAUCAAGCAGACCGAACUGAUGACAUUGACCGAGAACUGAAUGAGGGGCAGGGGGCAGCUGCCAUCCCAAUUGGUAGCACAUCUUCUGAGACAGAAACAGCAUCCACUGUGGGUUCUGAAGAAACCGUUAUCCAGCCCUCUUCCAUAGUCACUCAGGUGACAGCAAACCAAAGUGGGAAAACAGCCCAAAAGACUGCAAUGCAGUGUUGCUUAGAGUAUGUCCAACAGUUUCUAACCAGACUUAUCAACCUCUAUAUCAUUCAGAGUAAGACUUUGUCUCAGCCUUUGGCUACAGAGCAUCAAGGGGAUCUCAGUAGAGAGCAAGGAGAGAAUUCAAAAUGGGACAGGGAUUCACAUGGAGAUGUGAAAGAGAGAAACAUAAGUAAACGCAAUACUUCAAAAGAAUACCUUUCAGCCUUCCUUGCUGCCUGUCAGCUCUUCCUGGAGUGCUCAAGUUUCCCAGUUUACAUUGCUGAGGGGAACCAUACAUCAGAGUUAAGUUUAGAAAAAUCAGAGAUUGACUAUGAACAGGUGCAGCCUCCACUGUGGCUCCAGACUCUGAUGAAUGCUUGCAGACAAGCAAGUGAUUUCAGUGUUCAGAGUGUUGCUAUUUCACUAGUCAUGGACCUGGUGGGAUUGACUCAGUCUGUGGCCAUGGUCACUGGGGAAAAUAUCAACAGUGUAGAGCCUGCACAACCCUUGAGUCCAAACCAGGGAAGAGUAGCCGUGGUUAUUAGACCUCCCCUCACUCAAGGGAAUCUGAGAUACAUAGCUGAGAAGACUGAAUUUUUCAAGCAUGUAGCUUUAACAUUGUGGGACCAGCUGGGAGAUGGGACACCUCAGCACCACCAGAAGAGUGUGGAACUGUUUUAUCAAUUACAUAAUUUGGUUCCUUCUUCUAGCAUCUGUGAGGAUGUUAUAAGUCAGCAGUUAACCCAAAAAGAUAAGAAAAUAAGGAUGGAAGCACAUGCAAAGUUUGCAGUUCUUUGGCAUCUAACAAGAGACCUCCAUAUAAAUAAGUCUUCAUCUUUUGCACGUUCCUUUGACAGGUCACUAUUCAUCAUGUUAGACAGCCUUAGCAGUCUAGAUGGUUCUACCAGCUCUGUGGGACAAGCUUGGCUGAACCAAGUCCUCCAAAGACAUGAUAUUGCAAGAGUUUUGGAACCAUUGCUAUUGCUCCUGCUUCAUCCAAAAACUCAGAGGGUUUCAGUGCAACGUGUACAAGCAGAGCGUUACUGGAAUAAAGCCCCCUGUUAUCCAGGAGAAGAGAGUGGCAAGCAUUUUGGGCAAAAUUUUGCCUGCAGCAAUGUAAGUCAAGUUCAACUCAUUACAUCAAAAGGGGACGGUGAAAAGCUGCUUACUGUGGAUGAAGUAGAGAACUUCAGUCUUACUGUUAACCCAUUAAGUGACAGACUUUCCCUUCUAAGUACCAGCAGUGAGACAAUUCCAAUGGUUGUAUCUGAUUUUGAUCUUCCUGACCAACAAAUAGAAAUACUUCAGAGUUCUGACUCUGGAUGUUCACAGUCCUCUGCUGGGGACAACUUGAGUUAUGAAGUGGAUGCUGAAAACAUGAAUGUCCAAGAGGAUUCUCAAAUGCCAAAGGCAAGCUCCCCAGAUGAUGUUGUUCAGCAGGUAGUGUUUGACCUCAUAUGUAAAGUCGUAAGUGGCCUCAAAGCAGAAUCUACAUCAGUUACAUCUCAAAUAGAAAUUGAACCUAUGACUUCAACAUGCAGUGGUUUAGAUCUGAGUGAGGAGGUGCUUAGAGAUGAAGAUCAGUGUGCUCAGCAGAGUCAGAGUGGUUUGCUGAGUAAUGAAAGUUCUCUGUUUCUGUCUGUGCCUGCAGAGGAAGGCAGUGAAUGCAUGCCAAGUGGAAUCUCCAGAAAUAGCUCUUCACCUUGCAUUUCAGGAACCCCACAGACUCUCCAUGACCUUUCUGUUGCUUCCACAGAAACCAAAUCUAGACAAAGGAGCCACAGUAGUAUUCAAUUCAGCUUCAAGGAAAAAUUAUCAGAAAAAAUCUCAGAGAAAGAGACAAUUGUUAAGGAGUCAGGAAAACAACCAGGAGCCAAACCCAAAGUAAAACUUGCCAGAAAGAAGGAUGAUGACAAGAAAAAAACCUCAAAUGAAAAACUCAAACAAACCAGUGUUUUCUUUAGUGAUGGUCUGGAUUUAGAGAAUUGGUAUAGCUGUGGAGAGGGAGAAAUUUCUGAAAUUGAGAGUGACAUGGGUUCUCCAGGAUCACGGAAAUCUCCCAGUUUCAACAUCCAUCCUCUCAACCAACAUGUGCUCUUGUAUCUUCAGUUGUAUGAUUCAUCAAGGACUCUGUAUGCUUUCUCUGCCAUCAAAGCUAUCUUGAAAACUAAUCCUAUUGCUUUUGUAAAUGCCAUUUCAACCACUAGUGUAAACAAUGCAUAUACCCCUCAAUUGUCUCUGCUUCAGAAUCUAUUGGCCAGACACCGGAUUUCUGUUAUGGGCAAAGACUUUUAUAGUCAUAUUCCAGUGGACUCUAAUCAUAACUUCCGUAGUUCUAUGUACAUAGAAAUUCUUAUUUCCCUUUGCUUAUAUUAUGUGCGUAGUCAUUACCCAACUCAUGUUAAAGUCACUGCACAAGAUUUAAUAGGCAAUCGAAACAUGCAGAUGAUGAGCAUAGAAAUUUUGACACUCCUCUUUACUGAGUUGGCAAAAGUAAUAGAAAGCUCAGCAAAGGGUUUCCCUAGUUUUAUCUCUGAUAUGUUGUCGAAGUGCAAAGUUCAGAAAGUGAUUCUUCACUGUUUGCUGUCAUCUAUCUUUAGUGCACAGAAAUGGCAUAGUGAAAAAAUAGCAGGUAAGAACAUGGUUGUUGUGGAAGAAGGUUUCUCAGAGGACAGCCUUAUCAAUUUUUCAGAGGAUGAAUUUGACAGUGGCAGCACUCUCCAGUCACAACUUCUUAAAGUGCUUCAGAGGUUGAUUGUUCUAGAACAUCGGGUAAUGACUAUCCCAGAAGACAAUGAAGCAGGUUUUGAUUUUGUUGUAUCUGACCUGGAACAUAUCAAUCCCCAUCAGCCCAUGACUUCUCUUCAGUAUUUGCAUGCGCAACCAAUCACGUGUCAAGGCAUGUUCCUCUGUGCAGUGAUACGAGCUUUACAUCAACACUGUGCUUGUAAAAUGCACCCCCAAUGGAUUGGUUUAAUUACAUCUACUCUGCCUUACAUGGGAAAAGUUCUACAGAGAGUGGUUGUUUCUGUGACAUUACAGCUUUGCAGAAAUAUGGAUAAUCUAAUUCAGCAGUACAAAUACGAAACAGGAUUAUCUGAUAGUAGGCCUCUGUGGAUGGCAUCAAUUAUCCCACCAGAUAUGGUCCUUACCCUUUUGGAAGGUAUCACGGCCAUUAUCCAUUACUGUUUGUUGGAUCCAACUACACAGUAUCACCAACUUUUGGUCAAUGUAGACCAAAAACACUUGUUUGAAGCACGUAGUGGAAUCCUCUCAAUCCUUCACAUGAUCAUGUCCUCUGUGACGCUGCUUUGGAGCAUACUGCAUCAGGCUGAUUCUUCAGAAAAGAUGGCUGUUGCUGCAGCUGCAUCCGUGACCACUAUUAAUCUUGGAGCUACAAAGAACUUGAGACAGCAGAUCCUUGAAUUAUUAGGCCCCAUCUCAAUGAAUCAUGGUGUUCACUUUAUGGCUGCCAUUGCAUAUGUGUGGAAUGAAAGAAGACAGAACAAAGCUACCACUAGGACAAAGGUCAUUCCUACAGCCACUGAAGAACAGCUUUUACUGGUGGAACUGGUUCGUUCAAUCAGUGUCAUGAGAGCAGAAACUGUUAUCCAGACUGUGAAAGAAGUUUUAAAGCAGCCCCCUGCCAUAGCCAAGGACAAGAAACAUCUUUCUUUGGAAGUCUGCAUGCUUCAGUUUUUCUAUGCUUAUAUUCAAAGAAUUCCAGUGCCCAAUUUAGUGGAUAGUUGGGCAUCACUGUUGGUACUUCUGAAAGACUCUAUACAGCUGAGUCUUCCAGCUCCAGGGCAGUUUCUUAUACUUGGGGUUCUGAAUGAGUUUAUUAUGAAAAACCCUAGUUUGGAAAAUAAAAAAGACCAAAGAGACCUUCAGGAUGUGACUCAUAAAAUAGUGGAUGCAAUUGGUGCAAUUGCUGGUUCUUCUUUGGAACAGACAACGUGGCUGCGACGAAAUCUUGAAGUUAAGCCUUCUCCCAAAAUAAUGGUGGAUGGGACCAAUUUAGAAUCUGAUGUUGAAGAUAUGUUAUCACCUGCAAUGGAAACUUCAAACAUAACUCCUUCUGUAUAUAGUGUUCAUGCAUUGACAUUACUUUCUGAGGUCUUGGCCCAUCUUUUGGAUAUGGUUUUCUACAGUGACGAAAAGGAACGAGUUAUUCCAUUACUUGUAAAUAUUAUGCAUUAUGUUGUGCCCUACCUCCGAAAUCAUAGUGCACAUAAUGCCCCUAGUUAUCGAGCCUGUGUCCAGCUGCUUAGCAGUCUUAGUGGAUAUCAGUACACACGAAGAGCUUGGAAAAAAGAAGCCUUUGACCUCUUUAUGGAUCCCAGUUUCUUUCAAAUGGAUGCUUCUUGUGUUAAUCAUUGGAGAGCAAUUAUGGACAAUCUGAUGACACAUGAUAAAACAACAUUUAGAGAUUUGAUGACUCGAGUGGCUGUGGCUCAAAGCAGUUCACUUAAUCUCUUUGCGAACCGUGAUGUGGAACUAGAACAGAGAGCCAUGCUUCUCAAAAGAUUAGCAUUUGCUAUUUUUAGCAGUGAAAUUGACCAGUACCAGAAAUAUCUUCCAGAUAUACAAGAGAGAUUGGUUGAAAGUCUCCGUUUGCCCCAGGUUCCAACUCUUCACUCUCAAGUGUUCCUGUUUUUCAGAGUGUUACUUUUAAGAAUGUCUCCACAACAUCUUACCUCGCUCUGGCCUACCAUGAUUACAGAACUUGUACAGGUAUUCUUACUGAUGGAGCAAGAACUCACUGCUGAUGAAGAUAUUUCACGGACUUCAGGCCCUUCUGUGGCUGGUCUGGAGACAACCUAUACAGGAGGCAAUGGCUUUUCUACUUCAUAUAACAGUCAGCGGUGGUUAAACCUCUAUCUCUCUGCUUGCAAAUUUUUGGAUUUGGCUCUGGCAUUGCCCUCCGAAAAUCUUCCUCAGUUUCAAAUGUACCGAUGGGCCUUCAUUCCGGAAGUCUCAGAUGAUUCAGGUUUGGAAGUCAGAAGGCAGGGCAUACAUCAACGAGAAUUUAAGCCUUAUGUGGUACGACUAGCAAAACUUCUUCGGAAAAGGGCAAAGGACAAGGAGGAACACUUUAAGACAGUGAUUUUGGAGGGAUUGGAGAUGGCCAACCAUCAGAAAAACCCAGAGGAAGACAACUCAGGGAGAACAAUGGGUUGGGAGCCGGGGCACUUGCUGCUCACCAUCUGUACUGUGCGAAGUAUUGAGCAGCUUCUGCCAUUCUUCAAUGUACUCAGCCAAGUCUUCAACAGCAAAGUCACAAGCCGAUGUAUAGGACACUCAGGGAGCCCUGUCCUCUAUUCAAACGCCUUUCCUAAUAAGGACAUGAAACUGGAGAACCACAAACCAUUUUCAAGCAAAGCCAGGCAAAAAAUAGAGGAGAUGGUAGAGAAGGAUUUUCUGGAAGGGGUGAUAAAAACUUGAUCACAAACAGUUACAUUUAAUUUAAAUGUAAACCUAAUUAUUUAAAACAAACACCUCUCUGAGUUGUACAGUUUUUUGUUUUGUUUUUUAAUGUAACAAAACACACUUCAGGUUGUAUUUAAUUUAAAUAUUUGUAAAUAGGAGCAAAUGUCUGACUGUGGCCUGAAUCAAGUUUAAAUAGUGUUGGCUCAUACUGAUUAUGGUGCCUGAGAGAGACCUACAUAUACACAGUCCAUUGUUUUACUGUCUUGAGUUGUCUUAAACCUGCAAAAUACACAGUGCACAUUUUUUCUAUUGGUUUCAUGAGUUGCUUAAUUUAAAUUGAUUGGAGAAUUUUCUUCCCAUUACUAAUCAGGCUCUAUUACCAGAAUAGUAUUACUUCUCUAUUACAGGCUUUGUGUAAUAUCUUUUCAAUUAGUUUUUCUUCCACAUAGCUUCAAUAAGAUCAGUAAAGAAAGAAUAACUGAAAUCUGGCCCAUGCAUCCUUGUAAGUGUACCAUGAUCAUCUCUGACCUCUCAGUUUGGAGUAGAGAUGUACGACCUCCACAUUAUACCUCUGAGUUCCUGAUGAUGUUAAUGGAAUGGUAAGUCUUCAAAUAGUCAUUCUGAAGACUCUACUAUGGAGAAAUUUGUUGUACAAAGUCUUCUCCAUCCUCCCCAUCUGUAUUAAAGACGGUGAGUACUACAAAAGAACAUUUUACUUAGGUUAACACCAAAGGAAAAGACAUAACAAGGAGUUGGUAGUAAGCUUUAAUUUUCCAGCAACCCUCAAGAAUUUUUCUCUGAACAUAAUGUAAAGUCAAUGGCUGAAUUAUAUUUAAACCUCAAUAUUUUGUAUCACAAAGGUUGAAAUUAGAGUUAUCUCAUUUUUUAAAAACUGAACUUAACAGGUAUAAGGUUUACCUAUUUCUAAGGAAUUAUUCUGGUAGUGUUAAAGAAUCACAGAUCUAGAAACAAUCAAGUAAGGUAUACUGUAAACAUUCUGAUUAUAAAUAUUUUCACUCCUGUCACAAUAAUGGCAGUACUAUUAUUUUCUACAAAAACUUUUUAAAAACUCUAGUUUCUCAGGAAUAUAAAAAUUGUCUUCAAGAACCUGGUUAGGGUCUUUCUCCAAUUCCUCCAGCCAGACGAUACACUGCCAAGCUCACUUCAUGUGCAAGGUUGUCUGCAUUUUCCUGGAAAUUACAUUAAAGUAGAUUAGAUGAGAAAGACACAUCAUCUACAUAUGCUACUUGCACCUCUAAGAAAAGGGGGAAGGGUGUUUCCUAAUUUUUUUCACUAACACACAAAUGAAAACUUUUUUUCCUUCAUCUUUCAGUAACAAAUUCCAAUGCCUUAAAAAUGGAAAAACAGUCAAAUUCCUCUAAAUAAGGUAAGCUUUUAGUUAAUCAAUUCUGAUUGUAUAGCUAGUUAUCAUCCUAAAAAUGCUGAAUUCAAUAAAACCUAAUCUCUUAAAGGCAAGAAAGCCACUUUAGCCUAAGAAUAAGCAACUCUAUGGCCUCAGUUUUCUCUCCUCGUCACGAAGUUCAUUCAUUCAGCAUAUUUUGGAAUGGUCAGCUUUUUCAGAAAAGCUUCCAGCUAGCUAUUUUACAAAUUACUUUGCCCCAGCUUUGCAGACCCCUUUGUCAAGAGUUUAAGGUGACAGAAAAGACGGGAGUGUGUAAAGUAGGCAAAUUAUGAAAAUCCAGACCACAGUCUUGACCCUGGAAGGCAAAACACACAAAUUAGGGCUAUCAUCUGAAGGGAGUCUGAACAACACUCAGGAGUCCAGAGACAAAGACAAAUUUUAAGCAGCGUGGAUGUUUCAUAAAGAAAGUCACUGGAUUAUAUUUUUAAAGGAGAAAAGAAGGAAAAUGCACUUCAGGCUGUAUCAACUUAACGUGUUAAACUAAAUAUUUAUUAGUUAUUCAUGCAAAAGUUAGAAAUAUGACUUUCAAAAAAAAUAUCUGGGAAAAUAAGCUAAGUCUUUAACUCUAAUUAAUGAAAUUAAUUUUGUAGACUUAAAAGUCCUCAUAAAUGAUUCUCAAAGACAUUAAACCUUUAAUUAUCAUAGUGACCUGGUGGUGUUCCCACCAUCCUCCCUAUAUUGUUAGACUCUCUUUGCAUAUUCUUUCAACAGAAUUAUCCCAGCUUACUUGUGAGUCUGCUUCUGCAUAUACUCGGACUACAUCUUCUGUUCCAGAGGGCCGGACAAAAGCUCGGGAAAGCCUGUACUUCUUAACCAGGUCAUUAAUUGCCUCCUGUAAUCCUGGGGGUGUUACUGCUUGUCUUUCAGCAUCAGUGGUACUAAUAACUUGCCUGUCUGAAACCUAAACACAAGCAUUUCAUGUUCAUUACUAUAUUAUACUCCCUUUCAGAAAUUUAACCUGUUCAAUGUACCUAAAAAGCUCCCCAGCAAAAGAAUGUGACCUUUCAGUUUAACAGUAACAGACCUACAGUUCUGCUUAUUGUACCAGGUUAAAGAUAAACGUUUUUAAGUUUUUUUUCUGCCAAGGUCAGGGUUAAUUUCAACUUUUGUACAAUUUGUUUCUUCAGUAUAUAAAUAUUUACCUUUAGCAAAAAGAAGGGUUUUACAGACUUUCCUACAGUUGUAAAAUCAUUUCUCCCCAUGUUAUUGCUAAAAUAAUGGCCAGCAAUACUGCAUGACUUCAAGUUCCAUGUCAUACUUUGGCUCUUGGUAUCGUCAUUGAUCAAAUAAUCAUAUACAUUUGUAAAAGGGGGAUAAAUGGCAAUCUAUUUAUAAAAGGGAAAUGUACCCAAAACUAAUAUGAAUCAUCAGUAGCCAUCCCUAAGAAUUUUGGCUUUGGUAUCUCUAAUUGUCUUUCACAAAUUCUACUUGGUAAUGUUUUAACACGUAUGAAUCUAUAUAGAAAUCAGUUUAUCUCAAAUACUUUAAGAAACUUGAGCCACAGACUCCAUUUCUCUGCACCUAGCCUCAGGAAGUACUCUGUAAACUAAUGGUAAUGCAGAGGAAAUAUUUUCACUUGAAGUGAUAGGCUACCUUAGGAUUUGCUUCAAAAUAAUCUGGGGAUAUGGAGAAUGUGUAGGAGAACAACUGAAACCUGUUGAAGCUGGGACCUCAUUCUGUUUUUUAUUUUUGUAUCUGUCUUAAAUUUUCCAUAAUAAAGAUCUUUGUUUUUUAAUGACACACAGCCACUCAUAAUAUUAUAAUAAAACUGGAAAUUAAGUACUUCGCAAAGAACAGAAUGGUUAAAUAAAUUAUAACUUGGGUAAUUUCUAAAGAUGUGAGAAAAUACAGUUAAGACAUCAUGUAGUGUAAUUUCCUAUGUAAUAUGUAUGUAUAGAAUAAAAUGACACACUUGGGAAAUAUUUUUAUAUAGUGAGAUUUGGGAUAGUUUUAUAUAGUGAGAUUUAUAUAGUGAGAUUUGGGAUAGUAGGUUUUACUUAAUGUUCAGAAGUUAUUUUAAAAUCUCACACCUUAACUUUCAGUUGUCUGUUUGGAAGAUCUGUAUAGAGAGCAUCCCACUGUUGUACAGUCCAGCCCUUCAGAGUCAAAAUUGCUUCAAUCACCAGCAUGUUAGAAAUAGCAUCACCAACUGCCUGCAAAAAUGGAAGAAACUACUCUAGCACAAGCAAAUCUUGGAUACAAAUGCCAUCUUAGCAAGCCAAUCAUAAUAACUGUACACCCCCAUGCAGCAUUAUUAACUGGAGUUGUUCUUUGCUGUGAAUAAAUAUAAUUAUCAAUGAUUUUGAAGGAAAGGAUAACUAUAGAAGACAGUGGUGAAAGGUAUAACAAGAAAACUGAAACCAGCAUCAAACUUGCCUUUAGUCAUCCUUCUCUUUAAAAUUCUGACUCAAAUGUAUCUUUAUGAUGCAAUCCCUUUUAAAAUAUUAUAUCAUAAUGAACGCAUCAUAAUAAAGUGCAGAAGUAGGAGCUUUGUUAUAAAAUACACCUGAAGUUGAAUCCAUACUUUACCACUAGCCUUUUGUUUCUUCAUUUAUAAAAUGUGGACUAGAAUAACCCCUUUUGCUGUGUUGCUGCAAGGAAUACAUAAGGUAAUAUAUAAAAGACACUCAAAUAUUAGUUCCAUCUCUUUCUCCCCUAUCCCUCCUAUUCAUGCUUCUCCACAGCCAUCCUUACACUCCAGUCCCAACUAAUCUGACCUAUACGCACAUCCUUUGUCAAAGGGCAAUCAAUUGUAUUUUCCUGAAUUUCUCUAUAAGGUUGAUUUAAAAAAAAAAAAAAAUAGUAAUAUACAUAUACUCAUUGUACCUGAAAAUUUUCAGU